AUGCAAACAUUCUACAGUGCAGCCAGACUUGACAUCACGACAACACGGAAGUUCCGCUCCGUCCGUGCAGUUUUUCCAUUCACUGUCAAUGGUGUGUCGACGGACAAGGAAAUCACAUCUGGAAAUAUCACCUCUAUGGCUGAAAAACACACCUCCAGCACCUUAGCCAAAUUCCUCGAUGGAGACCAUUGGGAGGCUAAGGACAGUAUUCGAAAAGAAAUCUCGAACUGUGAACUGUUUCAGGCAAACAGUUACGACCUCUCUCUGGACGAGACAAGAGACCUGACAGCCGAGAGGCUUCACUACGUUUUAAAACUGCCUCAGAUCAGAAGCCAACUAAGAGACCAGGUGAAAGAUGGACUGAAGGGAUUCUUGGCUAAGAGCUUGGGAAUAACAGAGCUGCUGUGCUCUGCAGAUCUGGCAACAGGAGUAAAGUUGGGUGUUGUGUGUGGACUAUACGGAGGUGCAGUCACCAAUCUUGGGAGCUUGGAACAGAGGGCCAGAUGGUACCAGCCUGUAGCGGAUCUGGAGUUUACUGGGAUGUUUGCCAUGACCGAGAGGGGUCACGGGAGCAAUGUCCGAGGAAUCCUAACCGAGGCCCAUUACCAGCCGUCUACCCAGGAGUUCGUCAUCAAUACUCCAUGUGAUGAUGCCCAGAAGAUGUACAUCGGCAACGCCAUGAAGGGAAACUUUGCCACUGUGUUUGCUCAGCUCAUAGUGAAUGGAGAAUGUCAAGGUCCACACUGUUUCAUCGUGCCCAUAAGAGAUCAGCAAGGGACCAUGCACCCCGGCGUCACGGCUAUCGAUAUGAAGCACAAGGAAGGUCUCCAUGGAGUUGACAAUGGGAUACUAAUAUUUAACAAAGUUCAGAUACCAAGGGAAAACCUGCUUAGCAAGUUCGGCACUGUGUCUGAGAAUGGGGUGUACUCCUCUCCGAUUCAGAGCAAGAGCAGUCGCUUCAACGCGAUGCUGGCAGCCCUCACCCCCACACGCCUCGGCCUCACCGUACAGGCCAUGGCAGCCAUGAAGUUGGGCCUCAUCAUUGCAGUUCGCUACAGCCACAGCCGGAGGCAGUUUGGGCCCAGGGACCAGGACGAGGUGAAGAUCAUCGAGCACCAGACACAGUACCUGAGGCUCAUGCCUCACCUGGCCGCCGCCCUGGCCCUCACCUUCACCACCAGGUAUGCAGCGCGGCUGAUGGAUGACGCACUGUUUAAGGGCGAGGACCUUCAGAGUAACCGGGCUCUGCAGGCUCUGGUGGCCGGCCUGAAGGCCUACAGCACCUGGGAGAACCUGGCCUGCCUGCAGGAGUGCCGAGAAUGCACUGGAGGCAUGGGCUUCAUGAUGGAGAACCGGAUCCCAGCGUUGAAGUGCGACUCCGACGUGUUUGUGACGUUUGAGGGAGACAACGUGGUCAUGCUGCAGGUGGUGGUGCGAGAGCUGUUGAGCCAGUACACCAAGCUGCUGGGCAACAACAUCGUGGCCGGCCUCAUCAGAACAUGGACCAGCUCGGCAUCCGACACCCUCAGAACCAGUUUCCUAGGCUUCAAUGUGGACAAAGUGGGUGAUUUGAGUUUCCUUCUAAAAGCCGUGAGCUAUCGGGAGAGAGUGCUACAGAGGAGCCUUGCAGCCCGCCUCUACAAUAAGGUGGAGAAGAACAAAGAUGAGUUUUUCGCCGCCUGGAACUCCUGCCUGCAUCACGUGACGGGCUUGGCAUUGGCACACAUUCAUCGAGUGACGCUGGAGCAGUUUGCGCUGGCUAUUCAAGAAUGCCAGGUUGCUGAAGACCACACCUUGCUGACAAAGUUCUGCCUGUUGCAUGGGACCAGUCUGGUGUAUCAGGAGAGAGCCUGGUACCUGGAGCAUAGCUACCUGACCCCCACCACCAGCCGACAGAUACGCUCUCAGCUGUUGGAGCUCUGUAAGUCUGUGAAGGACGAGGCCUUGAAGGUGGUGUCUGACUUCAAUAUCCCGGACUGCUGUAUCCAGGCCCCUAUAGCGGGUAUAGCCAACCCCCGCGCUGAGUGGGCCUUCUACUCCCAGCCUCAUGUCCCCUCGUCAAAGACCCUCAACGCCAAACUAUGAGCCCCACAGACAACACGUCAACUCGUCACCACAAGACCCUGAACACCAAGCUAUGAGAUCCACCACAGACAACACAUUGCCCUGUCACCAGCCAAGACCCUCAACGCCAAGCUAUGAGCCCCACAGACACCACACUCUGGCCAAGACCCUCAAUCCUGAGCUCCAAGACCCUCAAUCCUGAGCUCCAAGACCCUCAAUCCUGAGCUCCAAGACCCUCAAUCCUGAGCUCCAAGACCCUCAAUCCUGAGCUCCAAGACCCUCAAUCCUGAGCUCCAAGCCCCUCAAUCCUGAGCUCCAAGACCCUCAAUCCUGAGCUCCAAGCUAUGAGUCCCACAGCCACACGUCCUAUCGUUUCCACACAAGACUCUGAAUGCCAAGCUAUGAGGCCCACCAUAGACGACAUGCCCCCUCGUCUCCAGUCCACACAAGAUCCUCAACGGCAAGCAAUGAGGCCCAGUGGGCCUUCUACACCCAGCCACACAUCCCCUCGUCACCACACAAGACCCUCAACGCCAAGCUCUCAGGCCCACAGAUAUCACAACCCCUUGUCUCCAAACAAGACCCUGAACGCCAAGCUAUGAGGUCUUUCUUCUCUCAGCCACACGUCUCCUCGGCACCACACACGACCCUCAACGUCAACCUAUGACACCCC